CUCUGGUGAACUGCGGUAUACAUGUUUUUAUUUUUCUAAUACGAUUUGUUCAUUUUAUAAACGCAUUCUAAUUAUUUUUAAGUCUUCUAGCGUCAAUAGAUGUAUAAUAGAUUCGUAAAAUAUAGUGUCACAUCGACUGAGAGACUCCCUUGGAUUCAAGUAGUAGUGGAGAUUCUGUACGUAAUGAAACAUGAAUUUACUCGUGCACCUCGUUUGAAAAAGAGUCUCGAAUAAGAACAACCGUUUCCCCCUGUAAAAUGGACGAGGUAGAUUACAAGUUAGACUCAGGGAAUCCUGUUUUGAUAUCGCACGCAAUAUCGAAGCUUUUCGAUUCCAUUAAGAAAAAAAAGAACGAUCAACAGACGGAUCAUGUUUCAAAGACAGCUGAAUUUAAAUUACUGUUAACCAAGCGAGAUAGCGGAGAUACUGUACUUAGUAUAUCCGCUUGUCAAGGCUUAAUCGCGCUAGUAGAAAAUGGAUUAUGGGAUAUUAGCGAAGCACUAUCUACCUUCACGUCGAGUCUUUCCUCUAUACGAAAUUAUACGGUUGCUGCCACGGCCCUAAGUCGCUUAUUAAUACUGGAUCUCAAGUAUGAUAAAGAAAAUAAAAUCAUGUACCCAUUUACUUUGCAUGUACCACAGCAUCCGUUUAUAAUGAUUUUAACUCGGGAUAAACGGAGCUGGCAAACUGUAUUAAAUCAAAUGAUGUUCAUUAUGAAUCAUCCGGAUCCUCGAGUUAAAGAAAGCUGUAUAGAAAUGUUACGUCCCGUAUUCUUGUAUAUUUUAUGUAAUCCCUCUGUGGAUUCUGUGGACUGCUGUAUGCAACAAGCAUGGCAACUAUUAAUCAAAUCAAAACAUAGUAUACAUUUGCAGACUGAAACUUUACUGUGGCUGUGCACAGCUGAAACUUACUCCUGUAUAAAUGCAAACUACAGAUUCUUAGAACUUUCAGAGAAAGCUUUAUUAGAGAAGAAUAAAGAAUAUUGUACAGCUUUGUUACCAAUGAUGGCAUCUAUGAUCAUACAACUGCUAAAACAAGGAUCCGACCCGAAACCAAAUUUCGAUGCUAUGUCUAGUAUCAUAAAUUACUGUGACAGACGUAUAGGAGAUCUUGCGUUAGUAUUGAUGGCGGAAAUAAUUGUUUCGUGCCCAGCUAUCUACUUGUACAAUGCUAUGCAAAUGUGUGUACUUAUAACGAGUAAACUGUGCUGUAGUGAUAUUUUCUUAAACGUUUUGCUAGCAUCUAUUUUAAAAUGGAUGGCAUAUCCAUCCGUGCUAUGUUCGGACGCUUUGGACGUGGCAAGAGAUUUAAUACAAACAAUGUUCGCUAAAGCAAAACCUACGGAAAACAACGGCACGAUAUUUUCAAGUAGAAUAUUUACAGUAUUUACUUACUCCGACUCGCAUAUUCAAUUUUAUACCGAAAUCAUACGUUGUUUAACUGUCUGGAAAGUAAACGAUGUUAUAUCGUGGUUGAAGGGUAUGUUAAAUGUACCGUUCGACUUGAAAGAUAAAUGUAAAUUAUUGAUAUCUGGUCUUCUGUUGCAAACACACGAGCCGCAGGUGACCGAGUUCUGUUGUAACGUACUCAUUGAUGUCGCAAAAGACAACAAAGACUUUGGAUCGCACGUGUUGUCAUUGGUACUGCAUAAAUUAACAAAGUCUAGAAGCAGUUUAGAAUCCAAAUGUUUAUUACUCGCGAUGCCAGAACUCGUUAUUACCAAAGGAAACAUUCCAAUCAUUACUCACACAUUGGAUACGCUGUUAAACGGUGGCAAACAAUUGAAAUAUUUUACUAUCGAAUUGUACCUAAGGACACUUAAGAAAGAACCAAGAUGUCACAGAUUUGUGUCUACCGCGAUAAUUCGAAUGAUAAAAAGCGAUCUGUCCUGGUGCUCGGAUGCAACUUGCACAAGAGCUAUGAAGUAUGUAUGUGAAAAUUAUCCCGAACACGGUGAGAAACUGGUACCGUUGAUAUCGCAAAUAUUGAACCGUUCUACGAACAUGAACGGAGGAACUGCGAGUGCACUCGCGCUCAAAUGUAUAUCCGCUCUUUGCAAAGCGUCGAUAACAGAUAUCUGUUCGACUUUGAAAGUGCUGGCUCCUAAAAUGGAGAAAGAGAAACGUCCUAUUGUUUUAGAAAGCUUGUGCGAAAUGUUUGGCGACAUCACAUCGUAUCCAUCGUCUCAACACGCUGAAGAAUACGAUGCAUUGAUCAACAACGUUGUAUCAAAACUGUGGCAAUACACAUUGCAUAACGACAUCAAAGUCAUCGAGGCUGCAUUUAAAGCGCUAGCUUCCUAUCGGCUGGAACAGAUUCCCUUAAAAGCAUUGCCAGCAGAAUUUAGGAAAGAUCUUGUAUUACCAGCUGCAUACGCGAAAACACCAAUUGAUGCAGCCAGGAAGCCGGAAGACGUACUUCCGUACAUACCUGCCACUUGUUGGAUUCAGAUGCUUCAAAGGGUAAAUAAAAUGGCUUUGACAUCAGCUGGAAAUCUUUUAGUUUCUUUAAUAACCGAAGAAGUGAAUGGUUUUCGAUCUGGAAUCUACGUCUGGCCUAAAGGUGAUCCAAAUAACUUCAAAUAUUUACCAGAGAAAAGUGUAAUAAGAGGCGUCGGUGAAUAUUUGAGACGGUGUGACAAAUCCGAUUCCAGUAAUCAUCGUAUAAUUAUUGAAUGUUUGCGAAUAUUUGCUAACAAAUAUCCAAAACCAUUGCCCAAUAUAAAUUGGAGUUUUCUCAACGAUAUCAUUGAUAUAUCGCUCGAAGCCAAGAAAUACGUUCUCUCAAUCGCGUGUCGUCACGCAACGACAUCUCUGUCUGCCAAAUCCUUUAUAGAAAAUUAUCUGUUAAUUUACAAGUCUGUGGAUGACGCGAACUUAGCUUGUAAAAGCAACGAGUACGCUAUACUGUAUACGCACCUCCAUGAUUUGUGCCAAGCUGUACAACCAAAUUUCCUUAAACCAUUCUUGGAAGUCACAUUGGAGUAUGUAAUUGAAAAGAUGAAUAUUGAGAACAAAGAAUCGACAGAGUCGUUUCAAUGCAUCAUGUCUUCAUACGCGCAGGCAUUGAGAAAUCAGGAAACGUACGAUGCCAAUUCUACAUUACUGUCUACUGUACUGGAAAAACUUUUAGACAAAAUAGAUUUGACCUGCAAUCGUUUUGAGUCUUAUUUUACAGCAGCUUUAGAAUUGUCGAUAACGCAUCUGGAACGAAUGACGUCCCCUAAAGUGUGGUGGGAAGUAACACCUUGUAAAUUAAGAAAUGCCAUUGCAAUCAGGGCUCAAUUAGCUUUGAAGAAAGUUUCCGACUCUCCUUUAACUUGGUUAAACGAGAUCAUCGACGACGUUGCAUCGUUGACUAGCGUACAAACUUAUUUUCUCGAGAUUAUGCAAAAAGUGCAGGCUCAAAUGCGAUUUGAUAAGUCCAGUAUAAACUGGGUGAUAGACUUCACAACUCAGAUGCAAGGACUUUUGAUGGAGUCUCAAAAUCAUUGUGAUAAAGUACAAUUUUAUUGCGAUGUUUUAUUUGUUUCCAUCGUUAGCUUGUCCGGUAUAAAUGAUAUGUUAAUGAAACAAGAUUUAUUGAUUUCAUCGCGAGAUGAUCGAGUACAAUUAUUUCCUGAAGCUCUGAUGGUUCUUUUAAACAGACAGGAUUGGAGGCAUGCAAUUCCACAGAUUAUGGAAUGGUUGAAUCAUAUGAGAACUAGCCCUAUUUCUAGUACAUGUAAGUUCACGUUUCAUCGAUCGUUAAUAUGUUUAAAACACAACGCGUAUUAUAAAGAGGUAUGGACUAAAUAUUUAUCUAUUAAGACUGACAUCAACGUCUGAUUGUAAGUUGUACAUUUUAGAAGCAAACAAUUUUUAUAAUAAAUUGUCUGCUCGUAAUAACUGAAAUUAUAAUAUAAGAAAUCAUAAUUGUUUCAUGUGUAAUACAUGCUACAUAUACUAAUGUAUAAUAUAAUUUCACUUACUUGCAGUUUCACGUAACCCGACGUUUAGCAAUAAUGAAUGAACAUUUCGUCACAUGUGAUGUAUGUGACGAUUUUCAUAAUGCUAAACAGAUGUUUCGCUAUUAUCUAGAGCCAUGACCGUUAAUGUGUUUGGUCGCGAGCCAGUUAAUAUUUGAUCCUCCGGUAAUUUCAUUCUCGGUUCCAACACGUUCCGUUUCGUUUCAACGUUCUUUUUUAUAGGCGUACGACUCGGACUAGAUUUCCUACUACUUGGAUAGGAUUUUAAUAAACGAGCUCUAAACAAACGGAUAAGAUCAAAUUUUUACUUGUUCCUUUAAUUUUAAAGAGAUGGUAGUUUCAGAGUUCAAACUUACGCGUCCAUUAACUUGAGAAACAAACGUGUAUAUACUUGGUACUCUUCAUCUCCAAAUUCUGUUGGAUCAUGACGUGCAUGUUCAUACAAAUCACAGAACUGAUGGAUCAAUCGUUGUCCAGUUCCAUUCAGUGGAGUGGCUAAUGUAGCAAGUAAAUAUGCUCUCAGAUUUUCAGAUGGAUGUCUUUUUAAACAACUAUCAUAUUUAGUAAUUUCAGCUUCUGCAAAGGGAUACAUUAAAAAUCAAAUUACAUUUGAAAUUUCAAGUUUAAUGUAACAAGUUUAUAAUUACCUAAAAUUUUAACAUCAUCUACAGCUUUCAAUCUAUAGUAAUGGGGUGGAACUUGCCCUCGGGGAGUUACGAUAAAUCGAGGAUCGCUGAUAAGUGGCGGAUCGUACUGAAUUCUUGGGAUUACUUCUAUUCUUCUUUCGAUUUCCUUCUUGAGGGACUAAGUAUCAAUGUAAAUGUGAACAUACAUACAUAUACAUAUAAAAUUAACAUGCAUUGAACGCUCCAAUAUAUAUAGAUAAUACAUUAUUUUAAAAGAUUAGUCAAUUUUCAAAUUAGAUAAAAGAUAAGCGGUUGCAACUUAACCUUUAGGAACAUUCGUACCUUACGCGCAUCGUGUCCGAUCGGAAUAUGAGGACCGCGACGUGAUCGCAAUGCAAAUCUCAUAAUUUGUCGUUUUGCAAAAAUGAACAAUAAUAAUAUUGUUAAUACUCCAGCUGCAAUAAAUAUCACUAUCGUUACACCCGAUAGUUCCUCUGUCAUGUUUACCUACAGCGUAUGCAUUGGUAUACAUAUAGAUAUACAUGUAUGUGUUGCACACAUGCGUAGACAGGAUGAAUCGGUAUUACAGUGUUCAAUUUGAAAAAAAGAAAUAAUUUUAUAAAACAUAAAUAAUAUGUGAAAUGUUUGCAUUACAUUAAUAUUAUAUAUUGCUUACAAUAUAUAUCCUAUGUAGCAUUUAACAUAUUUUGUAUAGGUUUUUUAAAUAAUGUCUGGUUGAUAUUGGCCAUUUCCCUUAACAAUUGCUUUUGUUGCUCUGAAAAAUGUACGUUCAUUUUUAUAAAUGAUAAUAUAAGCUUUCCAAAAUCUUUGUUUCGGGCAAAAUCAAAUGCUCUUUUUGAUAAUAAUUGAAUAAGUUUGUCAUUUGUGGUGGUGUCUGUUUUGGUUGAUAUUAGAUUAUGUAAUAUAGGAAGAUGCCAUAAUUUAAGUUCUUUCACAUGUGACAGAUAUUCCCUGCAAAAAAUAGUAUAGAUUGUUCAUGAUAGUAUAGAUUAGUUAAAGUGUGAUCAAUCAAUUAUGAAUACUUACAUAAGGAGAGUAAUAUUUCUUUCUGGUUCAAAGGCAUUUAUGAUAGCAUUGACAAUUGUUGUAUCUUUCAAGUCAACAUUUAACAGAGGAAUAAAAAUCAACUCUUUAACAUCAUUUGGAUACUUUUUAACAUACUCACUGAUAACAGAUAUUAGCAAUCUUGAAGGCUCUUCUAAGGCAAUUAUCUGCAACAGGAUUUUAAAAAUGUUAAUACUAUUUGUUGCAUGAAUAUUUUAUGUGAAAAUAAAUUACCUUUGGUAAUAACAAAUGGCUAUGAAAAACUGUUCCAUAUUUGAUUUGUUGUUCCAAAGUUACAUUAUUCAGAGAACAGUACAGAUUGUAUGUCCCUAAUGUACUUAGUUUCUUUUCUAAAUCACAGACCACUUCUAAUAAUUCCUUGUCUGUUAAAUUUUCUAAUUGACUUAAAUCUAAUUUUCCAUUAGGUUGCUCUAAUCCUUCCAACAGACAUUCAGUGAUAUCAUAUUUUUGUUGUAUAGAUUCUUCCUUAGCCUCUUUCUCAAGAUUUAUAUCAACUUGUGUAAAAUAAAACUGAGUAGAUGGGAAUUGAUCAAGUGUCUUAGACAAAAUGCCAUUAUUAUCUACAUUGCUUUCAUUUACAAUUUCUUCUUUAUCUGUACUUGUUUCUUGAGAUGUAUCUUCCUCUUCUUCAUUUUCUUCUUUUUCUUCCCCUUUCUUUUCAAUAAUAAAUUGUCAAAUAUUUGUAAUUUUCUGAAUAAUAAUAAUAAUACAAACCUUUCCUAUUACAGUUUCCCACAAAGGAUCGCUAUUCAAUGUAUCUUCUUUUAAUUUUUCUUUAAUUAUGUUUAAUUUUUCCAGAGUACCCUGUGAUAGUGUAUAAUUCUUCAAAAUAUUUGGAUGAUACAUAAUUUCAUAGAAUGAUCAAAUUAAGUAGUUUAUCUGUAAAAUCGUGCAAUGUAUUUGAUUUGCGGUGUCUCAGAUUGCACAAAAUGCAUUGCACGUCACGAAUCGACGGCUCAGUUGUCUUAAAGAAUGGGCGUUAGUAUGGAGCUCGUCAAUUAAGAGGUUAAGGUCGGAAUAAUAGAACGGACACUAAACAAUGUUAUGCGACAAUUAUUCUGCGUUAACAAGUUAACAAUUUCUUAGAGGACAAGAUUCUGUGUAUAAUCUGCGUAAUUGUUACUUAGCCGCAUCAAAGGAGAGCUGAUUUCAUUUGUGAAAAACCCAAAUCAAUGCGAGGUCAUAAAAAAUACUGACUGCAUAAAUAUGGAUGAAUUUCCCAUUUGCUAUAAAAUUUAUUCUAUUUAUCUUUAGUUUGCAACCCUGUCGAUGACAAAAUACACGAUAAUGUGUAAUUGAGUGUUUAAACUUUCGCAUUACAAGCGUUGUUGAUACGACGAGUAGUGUAAUUACAAAGAAAUUAGAAGCUCAUUAAAAUCAAACGUUUCAAGAUUUAUUACGAUAGUCUCAUAUUUUCAAGAGAAACUUGACGUAUGAACAAGAGUGACGAAAAAAAAAAAAAAAUAUUUUUGUUAAUGACUGGUGUAUGUAGAUAUUAAGAUAAG